AUGUCCGAGAAUAAGGUUGUGUCUGUUUAUUCUUUGGUAGCUGAGUUUACAAGGCCACUGUGGAAGUUUGGUAUGAAUUCAUAUGAAUUUGUUCAAAGUACUAAACAGAGAAACUUGAUUGCUUGCAGUUACAGGCAACAAGGGAAGUCAUAUCUAGGAAUUAUUGAUGUGAAGGGCUCAAAGCUAACUGUGAUUGAUAUCCCUUGCACAGAUAUAAAUAACAUAACAUCUGGUAAUGAUUGUUUAUACGUUGAGGGAGCAUCUGAGGUUCUUCCAUCGUCAGUGGCCAAGGUGACUUUUGAUGAUGAUAAAUCAAAAACAGUGGACUUCAAUAUUAUUUGGUCAUCCUCACCAGAUAGUUUUAAGUAUAGUUCCUACAUUAGUAAGCCAGAUUUGAUUGAAUUCCCAACUGAAGUUUCUGGUCAAAAUGCUUAUGCGUACUUUUAUCCACCAUACAAUCCGGAUUUCCAAGCUAGUGAAGAAGAAAAGCCUCCAUUAUUAUUAAAGAGCCAUGGUGGACCAACUCAAGAAACUCGUGGAAUUUUAGAUUUGAGUGUUCAAUAUUGGACUAGUCGAGGUUGGGCAGUUGUUGAUGUUAAUUAUGGUGGAAGCACUGGUAUGUUUCUCAAUUUAUCCACUAAAUUAAGUUAG